UAGAUAAUCUUUGCCGAUGGAGCAGAGUAAGUAUCUUACAUUCGCAAGCAAUGAAGUCAUCCUAGUAGGUAAUAAACAAUUCACGAUUAAUACAAUAUAUAAACCUGCAGAAAGAAACUAUACAAGUGGACCGUCAGCAGGGAAACUACAGAGUUUAGCAGUAAGAGAGAAUCCGGCGUUCUCUCAAGUCUAGACCAAGUGGAAGCUUGCCUUUGAAAUUCUCUUAAUGAUCUCCUGCCCUCAAAACUCCAUCUUGCAUCAAAUACCAUAGAAGGAAAAGCUAACAAUAACAAAGAUAAGUGCAUAAUAGGGGAUCUUUCAGGAAAAUGGCCGAAGCUGCAGUGAAUUUUCUACUCAAGAAGCUUACUUCCGUACUUGAAGAUGAGGUGCAUCUCCUGAAGGGAGUCCGUGAGGAAGUUGUGUACAUCAGAGAUGAAUUUGAGCAUAUGAAGUCUUUUCUAAGAGUUGCAGAUGCAAAAGAAGAGACCGACCUUGCCCUAAAAGUGUGGAUAAGGCAAGUUAGAGACGUUGCUUAUGACAUCGAAGAUGUUCUUGACGAAUACAGGGUUCGGCUAUCCCAUAACUGUAGCAAUGGAUUCUUUGCUUCCCUUCAAAGGAGUUUUUCAUCUCUUGAGCAUUUUAAUGUUCGCAACCAAAUCGCUUCAGAAAUCAAAGGGAUCAACUCUAGAAUCAGCAGAAUAGCAGAGGCGUACCAGAGAUACAGAAGCACAUAUCAGGUGAUAGAGCAAGACUCGAACUCCACAGGCAUAACACUGCAGGAUGGUCAAGGAGAUGCCCUUCUACUUGAAGAAGCUGAUCUGGUGGGGAUUGACAGGCCUAAACAGCAGCUGGUGGAGUGGCUAGUCACCGGCAAAUUUGAGUGCGAAGCGGUUUCAGUGGUAGGCAUGGGAGGUUUAGGGAAGACCACCUUGGUGAAAAAGGUAUAUGAUGAUGUGAAUGUGAAGAAAUGCUUCACAAUCCGAGCAUGGGCUACUGUUUCCCAAUCUUCCAAGACAGAGGACCUUCUCAAAGACAUACUCCAACAACUAUACAAAGCAUUGAGGAAACGAGUUCCUGAGGAAGUCCUAAACUAUGAUCAGCUACGACUAAAAAUCAAGAAAAUCCUAAACGAUAGGAAAUACCUGAUUGUUUUAGAUGAUGUGUGGGGCUUCGACGCCUGGAAUGCUGUCAGAUAUGCAUUGCCCAAUAAUUAUCUUGGCAGCCGAGUACUACUCACCACUCGUGAUUCUGAAGUUGCCACUACUGCAUGCACAGAAUUCCCCGGUAACAUCUAUUAUUUGAAUCCAUUAUCACAGGAAGAGUCUAGUGCUUUAUUUUGCAAGAAGAUCUUUAAGAACGACUCUUGCCCUCCACAUCUAGAGAAAAUUUCAGAUGAAAUUCUCGGAAAAUGUGAAGGAUUGCCACUAGCCAUUGUUGCAGUUAGUGGUGUCCUGGUGACGAAGGACAAGAAUAUAGAUGAAUGGGAGAAGGUUCGACGCGGUCUUGGUGCUGAACUACAAGAGAAUGACAAGCUUAAGAAUUUGAAGAAAAUAUUGUCACACAGUUACUAUGACUUGCCUUAUUAUCUUAAAUCUUGUCUUUUGUACUUCAGCAUCUUUCCAGAGGGUCUUCAGAUCGUGCAAACGAGAUUGAUUCGAUUGUGGGUAGCAGAAGGCUUUGUGGAAGAGAAGGAAGGGCAAACAUUAGAGGAAGUUGCAGAAGGCUACUUCAAGAAGCUCUUGAACAGAAGCUUAAUCCAAGUGGCUGAGACAACCAGUGAUGGAAAGGUCAAAACAUGCCGCAUCCAUGAUUUGCUGAGGGAGAUUAUAGUUUCCAAGGCUAGAGCACAGAAUUUUGCAGCAAUUGCUAAGGAGCAAAACAUAUCUUGGCCUGAAAAAGUACGGCGCAUAUCAGUGCAUAACACCCUGCAAAAUGCACAUCAUAGCUUGGUUGUCCCAAAACUCCGUUCGCUAUUCAUGUUUUGGGGCAUGGAUUCUGUGAAUGAAUCUUCCAAACUUAUAUUUUCUUCUGGCAACUCACGGCUGCUUAACGUGUUAGACCUGCAAGAUGCACCUUUGAAGAAGUUCCCAAAACAGGUAAGCAGCCUCUUCCUUUUAAAGUAUCUAAGCUUGAGGAAUACCAAAUUAAAAAAUAUUCCAAGCUCUAUCAGGAAGCUCAGAUACCUUGAGACAUUGGACCUUAAGGAAACUCGUGUCAGUAAAUUGCCGGUUGACAUUCUGGAGCUCAAAAGGCUCCGCCACCUCUUGGUUUAUCAUUAUGAAAAGGAGCCCAAUUCUAAUAAUCACUUUAAAUACGGUUUCAAGGCCAUGAAAAGAAUAGGAUGUCUACAAUCCUUACAAAAGCUCUGCUUCAUAGAGUCAGAUCAGUAUGGCAACCAUACAAUGGAAGAACUUGGCCGGCUCCGACAACUGAGAAGGUUGGGCAUUAUAAAGUUCAGAACAAGAGACGGGAAGGCAUUAUGUUCUUCCAUUGAGAAGCUGAAGAACCUUCAAGCCUUUUCUUUGACUGUAGUACACAAAAAUGAGAUCAUUGAUAUGCAACACUUGACUUCUCCUCCUCAGUUUCUUCAACGGCUAUACUUGAGAGGGCGUUUAGAGAAGCUCCCCAACUGGAUAUCUUCACUUCAAGGUUUGGUCAAGCUAUGUUUAAGGUGGAGCCGAUUAACUGGUGAUCCGCUCUUUCCUCUCCAUCAUUUACCAAAUCUGGCGCAUCUUGAAUUCAUUCAGGCUUUUGAUGGAGAGAGCCUGCUUUUUAAGGCAGGAGGGUUUAAAAGGCUUAAGUUCUUAGGCCUAAAUAAGUUAGAGCAUCUGAAAAGGGUAGCUGUGGAAAAGGGAGCACUGCCUUGUCUUGAAAAGCUAAUCGUUGAGGACUGCGGAUUACAGCAGGUUCCAUCAGGCAUUGAAAAUCUAACUAUGCUUAAAUUACUGGAGUUUCUAAAGAUGCCUAGCAAUUUCAUAUCAUCACUUCAUCUUUUUGGUGGCGAAGAUAAUUGGAAGGAUUCACACAUGCCAGAGGUUUACUUCACUCAUUGUGAAGAUGGCAUUACGGAUGAUGUCUAUUCCUUAGAGAGUUUCAUAAAGGGACAAAACUUCCUCAGGCUCGACUCUGGAAUAAAGAGACAAAAGCAUGAAUGGAAGUUCUAUUUACUUGUGUCAAUUAAUGAAUUUAUCUGCUACUGGCCAAUGGCAUCUUUGGCUAAAAUUAUUGUUCAACGUUUCAGAAGAUCUUUGAGGAAAAUGGCUGACGCUGCUGUGAAUUUUCUACUCAAGAAGCUUACUUCCUUACUAGAAGAUGAGGUGCAUCUACUCAAAGGGGUCCGUGAGGAAAUUGUGAACAUAAGAGAUGAAUUGGAGCACAUGAAGGCUUUUCUAAGAGUUGCAGAUGCAAAAGAAGAGACCAACCUUGCCCUAAAAGUCUGGAUAAGGCAAGUUAGAGACGUUGCUUAUGACAUCGAAGAUGUUCUUGAUGAAUACAGGGUUCGGCUACCACAACACUGUAGCAAUGGAUUCUUUGCUUCUCUUCAAAGGAGCUUUUCCUCUCUUGAGCAAUUUAAUGUUCGCAACCAAAUCGCUUCAGAAAUCAAAGGCAUCAACUCUAGAAUCAGCAGAAUAGCUGAAGCGUACCAGAGAUACAAAAGCACAUAUCAGGUGAUAGAGCAAGACUCGAACUCCACAGGCAUAACAAUGCUAGAUGGUCAAGGGGAUGCCCUUCUACUUGAAGAAGCUGAUCUGGUGGGGAUUGAAAGGCCUAAACAGCAGCUGGUUGAGUGGCUAGUCACUGGAAAAUUUGAAUGCGAAGUGGUUUCAGUGGUAGGCAUGGGAGGUUUAGGGAAGACCACCUUGGUGAAAAAGGUAUAUGAUGACGUGAAUGUGAAGAAAUGCUUUACAAUCCGAGCAUGGGCGACUGUUUCUCAAUCUUUCAAGACAGAGGAUCUCCUCAAAGACGUACUCCAACAACUAUACAAAGCAUUGAGGAAACGAGUUCCUGAGGAAGUGAACAGCAUGAACUAUGAUCAACUACGACUAAAAAUCAGGAAAAUCCUAAAUUAUAGGAAAUACCUGAUUGUUUUAGAUGAUGUGUCGGGCUUCGAUGCCUGGAAUGCUGUCAGAUAUGCAUUGCCCAAUAAUUAUCUUGGCAGCCGAGUGCUACUCACCACGCGUGAUUCUGAAGUUGCCACUACUGCAUGCACAGAAUUCCCCGGUAACAUCUAUAAUUUGAAUCCAUUAAUGCAGGAAGAGUCUCGGGCAUUAUUUUGCAAGAAGAUCUUUAAGAAUGAGUCUUGUCCUCCACAUCUAGAGAAAAUUUCAGAUGAAAUUCUCGGAAAAUGUGAAGGACUGCCACUAGCCAUAGUUGCAGUUAGUGGUGUCCUGGUGACAAAGGACAAGAAUAUAGAUGAAUGGGAGAUGGUUCGACGUGGCCUUGGUGCUGAACUACAAGAGAAUGACAAGCUUAAGAAUUUGAAGAAAAUAUUGUCACACAGUUACUAUGACUUGCCUUAUUAUCUUAAAUCUUGUCUUUUGUACUUCAGCAUCUUUCCAGAGGGGCUUCAGAUCGAGCAAAUGAGAUUGAUUCGAUUGUGGAUAGCAGAAGGCUUUGUGGAAGAGAAGGAAGGACACACAUUAGAAGAAGUUGCGGAAGGCUACUUCAAGAAGCUCUUGAACAGAAGCUUAAUCCAAGUGGCUGAGACAACUAGUGAUGGAAAGGUCAAAACAUGCCGCAUCCAUGAUUUGCUGAGGGAGAUUAUUGUUUCCAAGGCUAGAGCACAGAAUUUUGCAGCAAUCGCUAAGGAGCAAAACAUGUCUUGGCCGGAAGAAGUACGGCGUAUAUCAGUGCAUAAUACCUUGCAAAGUGCACAUCAUAGCCUGGUUGUGCCAAAACUCCGUUCACUGUUCAUGUUUUGGGGCAUGGAUUCUGUAAAUGAAUCUUCGAAGCUUAUAUUUCCUUCUGGCCACUCACCACUGCUUAACGUGUUAGACCUGCAAGAUGCACCCUUGAAGCAAUUCCCAAAACAGGUAAGCAACCUCUUCCUUUUAAAGUAUCUAAGCUUGAGGAAUACCAAAUUAAAAAAUAUUCCAAGCUCUAUCAGGAAGCUCAGAUACCUUGAGACAUUGGACCUUAAACAAACUCAUGUCAGUAAAUUGCCGGUUGACAUUCUUGAGCUCAAAAGGCUGCGCCACCUCUUGGUUUAUCGUUAUGAAAAGGAGCCCAAUUCCAAUAAUCACUUUAAAUAUGGUUUCAAGGCCAUGAAAAGAAUAGGAUGUCUACAGUCCUUACAAAAGCUCUGUUUCAUAGAGUCAUAUCAGUAUGGCAACCAUAUAAUGGAAGAACUUGGCCGGCUCCGACAACUGAGAAGAUUGGGCAUCAUAAAGUUCAGAACAAGAGAUGGGAAGGCGCUAUGUUCGUCCAUUGAGAAGCUGAAGAACCUUCGAGCCUUUUCUCUGACUGUAGUAAACAAAAAUGAGAUCAUUGAUAUGCAAUACUUGACUUGCCCUCCUAAGUUUCUUCAACGGCUAUACUUGAGAGGACGUUUAGAGAAGCUCCCCAACUGGAUAUCUUCACUUCAAGGUUUGGCCAAGCUAUGUUUAAGGUGGAGCCGAUUAACUGGUGAUCCGCUCUUUCCUCUCCAUCAUUUACCAAAUCUGGCGCAUCUUGAAUUCAUUCAGGCUUUUGAUGGAGAGAGCCUGCUUUUUAAGGCAGGAGGGUUUCAAAGGCUUAAGUUCCUGGGUCUAAAUAAGUUAGAGCAACUGAAAACGGUAGGUGUGGAAAAGGGAGCACUGCCUUGUCUUGAAAAGCUAAUCGUUGAGGACUGUGGAUUACAGCAGGUUCCAUCAGGCAUUGAAAAUCUAACUAUGCUCAAAUUGCUGGAGUUUCUGAAGAUGCCUUGCAAUUUCAUAUCGUCACUUCAUCUUUUUGGUGGCGAAGAUAAUUGGAAGGAUUCACACAUGCCGGAGGUUUACUUCACUCAUUGUGAAGAUGGCAUUACAGAUGAUGUCUACUCCUUAGAGAGUUUCAGAAAGGGGCAAAACUUCCUGAGGCUUGACGCUGGAAUAAAGAGACAAAAGCAUGAAUGGAAGUUCUAAAUAGCUUUAAAGAUUCCCUGUAAAUAAACAAAUAAUGGGCUUACUGCUAUUUUUAUAUUUUUCUUUCCGCAUAUGUAUAAUUCUUCCUCACUGUAAAUAAGAAAUCUACUGUAAUGUACAUAUUUCCUUUUGCUCU